GAGAGAGAGAGAGGCCAUUCCCAUGUGGAACUUCCCAGCAAGAGGCACCACAAGUGCAGUUCACCCUUCCAAGCAAGAGCAGAAAGCAAAUUUCUUUUGGCCUUCAUCAUCAUCUUCUUUUUGUCCAUUGCUUGCUCUCAAUUCCCACCGUUCACAUUUCGCUCUUUCAUCUUAAUUACACCUUGUAGGUCCUCCCUCCCUCCUUCUCUCUCUCUCUCUCUCCCUGGCCAUAACCCAGAUCAAAAGCUCUUUCCUUUUCCACCUUCCUUCUCUCUUUCUCUCUCUUUCUCUCUCUCUCUCUCUGAGAUCCACAUUUCCUUUUCUUCUCUGCUGAAAACCCAGGCUCUUGACACCCAAAACACAUCAAGAAUCAAGGGUACAUACCAGUUUGUCCCAUCCACUCCCCUCCCUGUCCUCUCCUGAUUUUGUUAUCCGAUCUUUCUGGGAUCUUCUGCAUCACCAUGGAGUUGGAGGAGGCUAAUGUUGUCGAGACUAAGGAUGGGACUAUUUCCGUAGCUGCUGCAUUUCCCGGUCAUCAACAAGCUGUGCAGGAUAGAGAUCACAAGUUCUUAACAAAAGCAGUUGAGGAGGCGUACAAGGGGGUAGAUUGUGGGGAUGGAGGCCCUUUUGGUGCUGUUGUUGUUCAUAAUGAUGAAGUUAUUGUAAGUUGUCACAACAUGGUUCUAAAAAACACAGAUCCAACUGCUCAUGCAGAAGUGACUGCCAUAAGAGAGGCAUGCAAAAAGCUAGGCAGGAUUGAGCUUUCAGAUUGCGAAGUAUACGCCUCUUGCGAGCCCUGUCCCAUGUGCUUCGGUGCCAUCCACCUUUCAAGAGCCAAGAGGUUGGUCUAUGGAGCUAAGGCUGAGGCUGCUAUUGCUAUCGGCUUCGACGACUUUAUUGCUGAUGCUUUGAGGGGUACUGGCUUCUACCAGAAAGCUCAGUUGGAGAUCAAGAGGGCCGAUGGGAAAGGGGCCAAAAUUGCCGAGCAGGUCUUCGAGAAGACGAAGGAGAAGUUCCGAAUGUAUUGAUUCUUCGAUUUCUCCAUUCCUUUCAAAAGUUCAAUCAUUAACCGUUCAGUUGCUGGUUGGCUUUAUUCACCUGCAAUUAAUUUUAGAACUGUUCAUAUCAAAGCUACGACAUGACGUCGCAACACUUCAAUCUGUUAUGUGCUUUCAAACUGGUCAAAUUAAUAAUAGCAAUGAUCAUGAUUGAAUCUA